UCUCAUCGAAGAGUCAAAGGAGCAGCUUCGCAACUCAGCUGCAGCCUUUUCAAAAUUUCAACAUUAGGGUUUCAAAAAGAUUUCUUCAUCUUCUUCAGACUAUCAAAUCCCAAAGAAGUUUUGGUUAGCUGUGUUUCAGAUCGGUUUCUGUAAACUUCUGGUAAAGCGUUAACGGAAGAUAAACAUAAAUUUGCGGCGAAGUUUUAUUUAUUUAUUUGAUCUGUUUAUUUUAGCUAUUUUUGGCGUUAAACUGCCUUCUGAUUGUAUUUCGUUGUUUAAAGCUCGUUUUUAGAUCUGGGUUUCUGUUAAUUUAGUGUUUGUUCAAUAAAUUUGAAUUGAGUUUUGUGUCUGGAGUAAAAAUUAGGCCUUUUUAAUCGGAUAAGUGCUUGGUUUUAGAUGUGGGUUUUGAUUGUUUUUAGGAUUUAUUCAGUAAAUUGGAUUUGUUUUUUGUAUGUUGAAGUCGAAAUUAGGGCUUUUAAAUUGGAAUGGUGUUUGAGGUCAAACUAGGACCUUUUCCAAUAGGAUAUGUGCUUGAAUUCACUGUUUUGAGCUGAAUCUUGUCAAAGAUUUUAGCUUUGUUCACUUAAUUGGAAUUGGGUUUUGGUUUUGUUUCUAACUUGGGUUUUUCUUUUAAUUGAUGGAUUGCUUGAGAUCAAUGUUCUGAGCUGAAGUUUGUUUGAGGAUUAUGGUCGUUUAAGUAUUAAUUAUUAAAGUGAAAUUGGAUAUGUUUGAAUUCAAAGUAGCGGUUUUAAAUAGAAGAAGUGCUUCAGCUAAUGUUUCAAGCUGAAAUAUGUUGCGAAGUUGUGAGCUUGUUGGCGAAGGAAAGUGAGAAAUGCUAAUAGAUUGUUGAUUGUAUUUCUUCUGAUCCGAUCAUUACUUAUAGCCACUGGGUUUUAUGUUGAUGACUGUAAUUACACAUGAUAUGAUUGUUAGUGAUUUAUUCUUUUCUGUGAAUGUUGGUUGGUAUGGGUUGUUUCCUGGUGGAUGAAUCUUGUUGGUUUUGAUUAUAUUUACUUUAUCAUCUGCAGAACUGUUGGUAGAUUAGUGAAUUGGUAUAGGAGAUUGGUUUGACAACAGGAACUUGGAAACUUUAGAUAAAGUAAAUUUGUAUACUAAAUGUAUUUGACACGAGUAACAUAACAAGUUUUGUACUUUAUAUUCGGUGUAUUGAGGAAGAAGAGUUUAAGUAGAGUAAUGUGGUCAGUGAGGAUUCAUAUAGCCGAUCCAACUUGUUUGCGACUGAGGUGUAGUAGUUGUUGUUUUGAGGGAAAAGAUAAACCUCUGGCGUGCAAGUAAAUGAUAUACCCAAAUGGAACAGUAUCAAUAUGACAGAUAAAGAUUGAUUUAGAAAUUUUUGUUGAGUUUUGAUGCCUCAGUAUGUUGUUGUAGACUUUCGGCUUUUGCUUAUGGUGAGUCACAUGUGAGGAUGGAUGCUCCCUUCGGUUUGGUCUGAUGCUAGUGAAAACAUGGGAUAGUGUUCUAUUCUGUUUCAACAGAUUAUCUCACCCAAAUGCAUUAUGCCGAGGAGUUUGGUGGAAAAUCAAACUUCUGUGUUGUUGCAAGAUAGAUUGCUGAGGGGAAUUAAUAUCUCCUGAUGGCUCUUGCAAGAUAGAUUGCUGUGAAAGACGUUACCAUUUAUUUUUAUUUUAUGUGCACCCUGAACCAUACAAUGUAAAAUAUUUGGUCAGGAGAGUGAAGAUAUAUCUAUUGGGUGUUACAAUGUUGACGCAUACUGCAGAUGGUUUUUUCCAACGAGCACAAUUUUACUUUGAUUAGAUGCAGCAUGGUUUUUCAUGGCUCUGGAUAAAUUCAGAAGGAGAUGAAUUCAUUUUGCUUAAAGAGCCUUUUCACCUUGACAGUACUGGCUUCCCUUAUGUUCUUUUCAUGGUUUCACCUUGACAGUACUGGCUUCCCUUAUGUUCUUUUCAUGGUUCAUGUUUUGCAAACUUAAUGGCAAUGUGGAACAUUAAUGUCCUGAGAUAUUCAAGGAGUGUUGAAUACUAAAGCUGUGUGGUCCAGCGGUUUUAUGCUGCAAUCCGCUCUUCUUCAAUUUUAUGGAACUUUUCGUAAAUACUUUUUUGGGUAUAUGGUCCAGAGAUGAUCGUAUCAGAUGGUGGAUGCAAGUAGCAUACAUAGAGGAUAAAAUGAGAGUAGAUAGCUUGAAAUGGUUGUUCAUGUCCCCACAAAGACCUCCAAGCAUUGCUUCAUUGGUGCGACACUAUGGUGGUUGAUGUACUAAAAAGGGAUUUUAUAUACCUAAAAUCCCAUGAAGGAUGGUUACACUAACAUUCACUCCGGUAAAUGCACAUUUGGCACAAUACAAGUAAAUGAUGGCAAUACCUAACAGUUCAAAUUUUGCUUUAGGUUUUUUUGUUGUACUUACAUUAGAUAUGGUGCUUACCAGGUAUCUAUUUGCCUGGUUAGAAAUUGUAUCUCAGUAUCGGGGUAACCGUGAGAAACAGAUAUCUUAGGUCUAGAACACUCUAAUUGUUUUAAAAGAAAAAUUGUUUACUAGUAUUGGAAUGGGGCAGACCCUAAUAGAGAGGAGUUGAUACAUAGAAUUCAUGAGUUCCCAUCUAAUUUGGGAUUUGAAGCUAUGCUGAUUGUUGACUGUUAUAUGAUGUCAUUUUUUAAAGUUGGUUUUACUUUUUUAGGGGUAUGUUUUAGUUCUGGCUUAGUUUAUGCUUUUGUCAUACUUUAAUUUUCAGUCACCAACUGUCAUAUGUGUCGUUAAUUCCUGAUGUGUUGGACUCUUUUUUAAUUCUUGGUUUAUAUAAUGACCUUCAAAUACACCCACAAAUUCUAUUAUCCUUUAUCACACUCCAUGAACUUGUAGCUUGCAUACACUUGUUAUUUUUUCUAUAUCGGUAGGAAGAUUUUUCUUGGAUUUUUACUUUCAGCACCUCUUACAUUAUCUUUUGUCCUUUGACAGUUGUUCUAUAUUCAUAUAGAAACUAAACAUGCCUAAAGAGAGAAGAGAUAGAUCUGUUUCUUUUGAUAGGAGUAGAGCUUCUCCUUACCCUUGUAGCUCGAGUCACUCAAAACAACCGUCAUCCAAAAACCCUUUGGAAAACGACGAAAAUGUGAAAGACUGGGAAGAUGCCCGAUGCCCAGUGUGUAUGGAACAUCCUCAUAAUGCUAUUCUCCUUUUGUGCACUUCUCAUGAGAAGGGCUGCCGUCCUUUUAUGUGUGAUACAAGCUAUAGGCAUUCAAAUUGUUUUGACCAGUUCAAAAAGUCAUUUGAAGAAGCUUCAGCAUCAACAACACAGCAAGUGGAGAUCCCAGCUUCAGCUUCUAUCGCGGAAUCUACCACAGUGAUAACAGAAGCUCUGUCUGAUCUGCCAGGUGAAAGAACUGAAGGUGGUUCUAUAUCCCUAGGUGCCUUGUCUUGCGAGAACCAUGAAAUGAAAAAGAUGCAAUGCCCUCUCUGCCGUGGCCAGAUAAAUGAUUGGAUUGUCGUGGACUCUGCCCGUCGUUACAUGAAUGCAAAACUAAGAAGCUGCUCUAGCGAGACAUGCGAAUUCAGUGGCACAUAUACAGAUUUGCGUAAGCACGCUAGGCAGGAGCAUCCACUUGUACGGCCUACAGAAACUGACCCAGAGAGGCAGCGUAAUUGGAGGAGAUUGGAGCGGCAGAGAGAUUUAGGAGAUUUACUCAGUACAUUGCAGUCUUCUGUUGGAGAAGAGGGAAGUGAGAGCACCAGUUUAACCUUCGAUGAGGGUGGUUUGCUGACUGUUUUCCUUUUUGUUCGGAUUCUCCAACCUAGGAGUAAUUCUGGUAGUAGUAGCUGGUCAGGCUCCUCAAGAACUCGGGCUCAAGCAACUGGUAGGAGACGACCUUCGAGAAGACUUUGGGGUGAGACCUAUGAUGGGGAAACUGAAUCUAGAGACGACGACAAUGAACAGUCUGAUGGAGGAUCAGGUCCCUGGAGGCGCCUUGGGAGAUUACGUCGACGACCAACACCAGAGAAUUAGUUGGGCCGCAAACAUGUGUUUGCUUGCUGUUCCUCUUUGUUGCUACUGCUGCGUAGAAAAUGAAGGAGGAAACCUCGUCUUCCGAACUUUGUCGCGCUGAAGGAACAGUUGUUUCUUGGAUUAGAAGGAUUCGGGAGAGAGUCGAAAUGGAAGAAUUCUGUUUGGUUAAUAGUAUACAUCUCUUUCUUGAUGAAUGUCA